AUGAUUAUAAUAGAGGAUAUUAAAGAACUCGAAGAUGUUAAUAAAAUAUCAAACGAAAAAGACGCAGCAGAUUCUUUGAUGGACCAAAAUUAUUUGAAAAAGUUGGUGAAUUGCAAAAUUUGUGAUAAGCAAAUGAAUAUUGCGAGUAGACGAUUGAAACGUAAAAGAGAUAACACAAAUGAAGAAAUAUAUACAUAUUAUGUGAGUUUAUUAAAAAACGCGAUGUCAUGAAAAUUAACAAUAAGUAUAAGAAAUUGAUUGAUGAUUUCAGUGGCGCUGUCGUAAAACUGAUGGAUCUGACUGUAGUUCAGGAAGUGUUAGAGAUGAAUCAUGGUUUUCGAACUUACAUGUCGAUAUCAAAACAAUAUUGAAAGUAUUUGUGUUGCACGGAAAAAGGUAUGGAAGUACUUUUUGAAUUAGAUAGAAAAAAUGUCAUUUUUUAAAUCUAUGUAUAUUGGAUAUUGAAAAAAAACUAAAAUGAACUUCAGAUACAAUAAGAAAAGUAUUUCAAAUCUUGUAAAAUUGAAUUACAAAACAGUUUUGGAAUAUACUAAUUUGCUACAAGAAAUCGCAUUGAGGUGAGAACAGAUCAAAAUGAAAUUAACAAUAAUAAAAUGUUUUUAAUAUAGAUAUAAUUUGAUGGAAGUCAAUAAAUUUAUUAUAAUAAUAGAGGAUAUUAAAGAAAUCGAAGAUGUUGAUAAACUAAAAAACGAAAAAGACGCAGUAGAUUCUUUGAUGGACAAAAAUUAUUUGAAAAAUGAAGUAUAUUGCAAAAUUUGUGAUAAGCAAAUGCUAAUUGCGUGUAGACGAUUGAAACAUGAAAUUGCAACAUGA